AAUUUCACCUUCUCUAUCUUUUAUGUAUACAAUUGACCUUUUUUUAACCUAAAUGUAGGGCUUAGAUGUAUUCCUGUUACAUUCUAUGUUGUUGGUUUUGGCCUCUUAUUAGAAUCGACCAAAAUAUUUUCUAAUCCUGAUUUCAUCGUCCGGUUGUCUGAAUUAAUCUCGCUCUCUGCCUUAAAUCACUUCCGGAUUUGAUCGGCCUCAAUACUGCUUAUUUGCCUAAACUGUUGAUUACAGUCUAAUACUUGGUUUUCUCUGUGUUGGACUUGGGAUGCAGUGGGUUUAUUUCGAAAAUUGUAUGAGUAUGGGAGUUGCAAAAUCCAAGCUUUGGUCCGAAAUCAAGGUCUCUGAGGCUGUGUGACCACCGCAAGGUGCUCCCCUCUGAGGGUGGACUUCAGUAUCUUUCCAAUGCUGAAAAUAAUGCUCCGGCCCCUCUGUGUGUCUGUCCUGCUUUGUUUUUUUCUGCAAGUGGCUGCCAUCUUUCAAAGCCAGAACUUGGAUAAUAGAAUAUGAUCAGGUUUCUGCAGCUGGUGGCACCUAUGAUGUCUUAGCUCUGAAUAGAAGAUUUGUUUCUGUAGCAGUUUCUUAGUGAUUUGGAUCAAUUAAACACAUAGUCAUUCAGUUCCUUCUAUGUGUUAAACACUGUUUUAGGCUCUUGGAGUACAAAAAUGAAUAAAAUGUAAUAACCCUGGCCUCUAGGAGCUCCCAGUUUCAUGAGGGAAACAGACACACAAAACACUGACGUUUAAAAAAUGUGGUAGGUGCUAGAAGAGGUAUAAGUAGGAGAGGUGGAAACGUAGAGGAGGAAAUCCCUCAUUUUGCUUUGGAUAAGUUUCAUGGAGGACGUGACAUCUGAGUUGGGUCUUGGAGGGUGAAUGUGUAUAUUCUAGGGAGAGAGGGCAUUCUAGUCAGAGGGAACAGCGUGUGCAAAGUCCCUGACAAAGGAGCAGGCUCAGCCUGAUGGAGGAGUGGCCCGGGACGUGUGGAGCCCAGCCCGCAACUGGAGAGUGCUUCCCAGCAUAUAGUUGAGCUUUACUGUAUUCCUGGGAAGUGGGUGGAAUUGAAACUAUGACCUUAUUUUGCCAUCAAGAUGCCUGACGCUCUGGAGCUUCCUGUCUUGACCAAGGUCACACAGCUUGGGAGCGAUGGAGCCAGGACUUGAGCCCUAAUUCUCAGACUUCAAGUCCAGGACUGUUUCAAGUAUGCCCUACUACUCCUGCACACCACAGCUUAAAGGGGUAGAAAACAAGUUUCUGGUGAUUGUGGACCAGUAUUUCCCACAAUAUGGUGAUUGCAUCCCUUUCUUUCUCUAGGAAAGAGGGGUGCCCUCCUCGCUGUUUCAAAAAUGAAUAAAUUGGGUCCUGGGAAUGGCUUGUCGGUCACCUCUCAACCUAGAGCAUUAGGGCAGCAGCAGAACCCCAGUGAGCUUGAUCUUGUCCCAGAGUUGCCAGGCACCGCCUCCCAGGCCUUUCCUGUAGGCUGGGUGGAGAGAGGAAAUGAUCGAAACGGCUUAGAUUUCAACAGGCAGAUUAAAACCGAGGACCUCAGUGACUCCCUGCAGCAGACCCUCUCUCAUCGGCCAUGCCACCUGAGUCAAGGACCUGCCAUGAUACCUGGAAACCAAAUGUCUGGGGACAUGGCUUCCCUCCACCCGCUCCAGCAGCUUGUGCUGGUUCCCGGACACCUCCAGUCUGUCUCCCAGUUCCUGCUAUCUCAGUCCCAGCCUGGGCAGCAAGGUCUGCAGUCAAAUCUUCUCUCCUUUCCACAGCAGCAAAGCUCUCUCCUCCUCCCACAGACGGGGCUUGGCCUGGCGUCCCAGGCAGUUGGGUGCCCUGGGGUGCCAGGAUCCUCUUUAGAACCGCAUCUGGAAGCAUCCCAGCAUCUCCCAGUCCCCAAGCAUCUCCCCAGCUCUGGAGGAGCCGAUGAGCCCAGUGACCUGGAGGAGCUGGAGAAGUUUGCCAAGACCUUCAAGCAGAGGCGCAUUAAGCUGGGCUUCACACAGGGAGACGUGGGUCUGGCGAUGGGAAAGCUGUAUGGCAACGACUUCAGCCAGACUACCAUCUCCAGAUUUGAGGCUCUAAAUCUGAGCUUCAAGAACAUGUGCAAGCUCAAGCCACUGCUGGAGAAGUGGCUGAAUGAUGCAGAAUCCUCUCCAUCAGACCCCUCCGUGAGCACCCCCAGCUCUUACCCCACCCUCAGUGAAGUGUUCGGGAGGAAGAGGAAGAAGCGGACCAGCAUCGAGACCAGCAUCCGCCUGACUCUGGAGAAGAGAUUUCAAGAUAACCCCAAACCCAGCUCAGAGGAGAUCUCCAUGAUCGCAGAGCAGUUGUCCAUGGAGAAGGAGGUGGUGAGGGUCUGGUUCUGCAACCGCCGUCAAAAGGAGAAGCGAAUCAACUGCCCUGUGGCCACACCCAUCAAAUCACCCACAUACAGUUCCCGGCUGGUGUCUCCCUCUGGGUCUCUGGGACCCCUCUCUGUCCCUCCUGUCCACAGCAGCAUGCCUGGAACAGUAACGUCAUCCUGCCCCUCUGGGAACAACAGCAGGCCUUCGUCUCCUGGCCCAGGACUCCACGCCAGCAGCCCUACUGCAUCUCAAAAUAACUCCAAAGCGGCUGUGAACUCCUCCACCAGUUUUAACUCUUCAGGAUCUUGGUACCGAUGGAAUCAUCCCACCUACCUCCACUGAGACCAAAAAAGUUACUCCUAUGCCACCUGGCCCUGUAUUCCCCACUGGAAGGAAGGGAGUCACGCCUUCUCUGUAUGGACAGAUUACUUUCAGGACAGUAGAAGAGAAUCUCCACUAUCAAUGAACCCAAACUCUUGCCUUGUUCAGGAGCAAGGGCCUCUGGAGAUCCAAACUGCGACCGAACCAUGUGCUGGCUCCCUAGCGCUCUUGAAACGCACAGCCCGCCUAGGAGUUGACCAUUUUUACCUUCCUUGCCUGUGCCCUUCUCCUCUCAUUCCAAAUAUGUCAGAUGGCUUCACUGCGACAGUGGUCUUUCAGAAAGGACCUCUUGGGCUUCCCUGGUGGCGCAGUGGUUGAGAGUCCGCCUGCUGAUGCAGGGGACACGGGUUUGUGUCCCAGUCCGGGAAGAUCCCACAUGCUGCAGAGA